AUGGACGAGCCGAUCGCGGGAUACACGAGCGCGCGCGACCUGAAGGUGCUCUGCGGGACGUGGAACACGAACGGGAAAUCCCCGCCGGCGGACCUCGACGUCUCGCGCUGGCUCGACGCGAGCUCGCGCCCGGACGUCGUCGUCGUCGGGUUCCAGGAGAUCGUGCCGUUGACCGCGGGCAAGGUCCUCGCCGUGGAGGACGACAAGGCGACGAGGGAGUGGGAGGCGAUCAUCGAACGCGCGCUGAACGACGCCGCGACGACGGCGACGACGACGGCGGCGGCGGCGGCGGCGCCGAAAAACGCCGCUGCGUUCGCGAGCGACACGUCGUGGCAGCGCGCGGGUCAGCCCCCCCGAACGCAGACGCCGCAGAGCGCCGCGGGGUGGACAUCUUUCGAUUCACCCGGCGUGAGCGGCGGCGGCGGCGGGUGGACCUCGUUCGACGCCCCGGCUUUUCCCGGCGCGGCGGCGGCGGCGGCGGGGAGAGACCGGUACAUCCGCCUCGCGAGCAAACAGCUCGUGGGAGUGUACAUCACCGUGUACGUGAACGCGUCGACCGCGGAGCACACGCGCGACGUCCGCGUUCACACGGUAUCGACCGGGUUUAACAUCGGUCUAAACCUCGGCGGGUUUAAAACCCCGGACAUCACGCUCGGGAACAAAGGCGGCGCGGCGGUGUGGAUGCGCGUCUACUCCACGCCCAUCGUCUUCAUAUGCUCGCACCUCAGCGCGGGGUCGAAGGAAGGCGACGCGGAGAAACGCAGCGCUGACUUUGGCGAGAUCGUCACGAAGCUGUCGUUCCCCGCGCCGCCGAGCGCGAGCAGCGACGGCGUCGCGGAGAAACCCGCCGGCGUCGCCGACGCGCACGCCGCGGUGUGGCUCGGCGAUUUAAACUACCGGCUCAACCUUCCGGACGACCGCGUGCGCGCCGCCAUCGCGUCCGGGAACUGCGCGUCGCUCCUCGGGAGCGAUCAGCUGUUGCUCGAGCGGGCCGCGGGGAAGGCGUUCGUGGGGUGGAUCGAGGCGCCUGUGACGUUCCCGCCGACGUACAAGUACAGGCCCGGGACGAAUACCGCGAAGGAGGAGAAGAAGAAGCGAACGCCCGCGUGGUGCGACCGCAUCCUGUGGCGCGGGAGGGAUAUACGACAGAACAGCUACGCGCGCGCGGAGCUCACGCAGAGCGAUCACAAGCCCGUGCUCGCGGAGUUUACGAUCGUCGCGCGCGAGCUGCAGCCGGAACGUCUGCAAGAGACGUUGGAUUCGCUCCGCCGCAGACUCGACGCGGAGGAA